AUGCCUCGAGAAUCGCGCAAGUCCCAAUGGGGACCAGACAGCACGUCUGCCAGUCUUGCUGGCCUCAGCACAGCAAUCAUUGCGCCCAUGACGAGCGAGCAACUCGAGGUAUAUGCCACGCACGUGCGUAUUGAGGAGAUAACCCAGAAACUCAAGACGGAUGAUAUUGUCCCAGCUGACCACUCUCGCAGGUCUCCGUCUCCCGCUCCCCAACAUGGCAACUCCGGCAGGCGAACCAACACACGCUACCACCGCUUCCAAGAACGCCUCGAGGUCGAACGCCACUCGCUAAUCCAACAAGCCAGCCGCACCAUCCCAAACUGUCGACCGACCACCGGCUACUCGCGCCAGAAGAUGCGCCAAGCCAUGAAAGCCAAGGUCUACAUCCCUGCCAAAGACUUCCCAGAAGUGAACUUUAUCGGCCAGACCCUGGGCCCGCGCGGCCCGAGUCUCGUCGCCAUGAACACCGAGUCAGGCGCCAACAUUGCCCUCCGCGGCCGAGGUUCCGUCAAAGAGGGCAGCUCCAAGCGACUACUAAGAGCUAGCAGCAGCAACGUGGAUACUCACCAUCACGACCGCAACCGCCUGCUAGCUGCCGAGCACAACGAACCGCCCCACUGCCUCAUCACAGCCGACGCGCAGGACAAACACGCCAACGAGAGGAAGCGCGGGCAGCUGCGCGACCUGGCCGUCGUCAACGGGACCUUUCGCGAUGACGAGGGGCGCCGGAGCCAAGAUGAGAGCGGGCUCGCAAGCCGCUGCGAAACACCGCAGGGCCUGCCAGGAGUCGCGCGUGGUGGCGUGCGGCGAUCGACGGCCACGACCACGACCACGACGCCUCCGUGGCGUCCGUGGCGGAAGACGGGCCGCGGUAGGGGCACGGCGGAAUCGGAUGCCCUCAAUGACAUGUAUGCUCAGUUCUUGGCAGAGAUCUGA